ACCACUGAGCAGUGAGCCUGCCCGACUCCCCCCAAAAUCCCGAGCCUCGCCGUCGAGGCAGCAAACCCUAGCUCCCCCAUUUCCAGUCGCAUCGAGCGAGCCCUUGUCGGAGCAAGGCCGCGUGCGGUGACUGGUGGCGAGGAUCCAAAUCCUCCGUCUCGUGCUCGCCAGCCGCCGGCCAUGGGGAAGAGGGAGGCCGCGGCGGCGGCGCCUGGGCCCGACAAGCCCGAACCCCACGGAGCUGCAGAGAAGCGGGCAAGGAGUGGCCACGGUGACGAGACGGCCGACGAUUUCAUCAGCGGGCUCCCCGAUGUCGUCCUUGGCUCCAUCAUCUCCCUCCUCCCCACCAAGGACGGCGGCCGCACGCCGGUCCUCUCCCGCCGAUGGCGCCACCUGUGGCGCUCCGCGCCUCUCAAUCUCGCGGCCACCCUCGCCCCCGUCCGCACCUCCUCCCGUUGCGUCCCCGCCCGCACCUCCUUCCGCGUCCUACCCUCCGCCGUCUCCGAGAUAAUCUCACAGCACCCUGGCCCUGCCCGCCGGUUUUACUUGCGUUGCCCCGGCGCCGGAGACCCAGGCGCCGACGACCUCUGCGCCCAGGCGGAGAGCUGGCUUCACUCCCCGGCACUCGCCAACCUCGAGGAGCUCGAUAUCAGCUACGCCAACCCCCAGCUGCUGCCAUCUGCGCUCCGCUCUGCAUCCACCCUCCUCGUUGCCAAGAUGAGCCAUUGUGGUUUCCCCAACGAGAUCGGGCCGUCCAUGAACUUCCCCCUCCUCAAGCAGCUCUCCUUGAUGGACGUUUACAUCUCGGAGGAUGUCUUCCACGAUUUGCUCUCUGGUUGCCAUGCCUUGGAGAGUCUUUACGUGUCCAAAGUUUUUGGUGUGAGAUGCCUCCGUAUUAGCUCGCCGAAAAUCAGGAGCAUCGGCUUCUAUUUCCAUAGCUCCAAACAAAAAGGAGAACUGGUCAUCGAGGAUGCUCCUCGGCUUGUAAGGUUACUAAUACCUUAUUAUGGUGCCUAUGACGAUGAUUGUGUUACUAUCCGGGUAGUUAGGGCGCCUAAACUGGAGAUAUUGGGCCCUUUGCUACUCGUCGUCUCCAAGCUCCUAGUCUCCCAGGUAGGAAUAAGCCCAGUCAGCUCGGCAAACUCAAUGCGCACCGUCAAGAUUUUGGCUCUCAGGUCUUCUGGCCAUGAAUUGGACCCAGUUCUUAACAUCCUCAGGCGGUUUCCUUGUCUGGAACAGCUCUAUGUCAUUUUUCACAAACACAAUGAGCAGGAUAAGAAAAAUGGGCCUCGGUAUGACCCACUACAUCCAAUUGAAUGCCUUCAAACCCAUCUCAAGAGAGUGGUGUUUCGGCCAUUCACGGGCAAUGACAAACAGUAUGAAUUCGCCAGGUUCUUUGUUUUGAAUGCAGUAGUGUUAAACAAAGUUGAAUUCGAAGGAUUCGGUGACUACAACAGUGUAUCGUUGGCUUAUCAACACAGUUUUCUACAAGUAGAAAACAGAGCUUCUCGAGAUGCUCAAUUUGAAUUCAGGAGAUAUAUUCGUACCGAGCACCAGUUCGUAGAGCACAUCCAUGAUUUGUCAGUGGUUGACCCGUUCAGCAGCCAUAGCCAAGAUUGAUGCCUGAAGAUUGCACCAUCUUAGUGUCUUGUGUGCAUUUUGUAGACGACAUUGACGCGUGAAGAUUGCAUCGUCUUUCACAUAAGUCUGCCCAAGUUCUAGUCUGGAGCUCCUCUCUUAUUCCGGUAACUUAUGAAGUUGCCCUUGUUAAAACUGGUAAAGAUGUUUUUGGAUGAAAAAAUAACUGCACUGAAGUAAAAUUCUGAUGGGGAGGGAUGCAAAAAUAUUCUGCCAAAAGUUGUAACUCGAGGCAGCUGGUAAGUGGUAACUCCAUCUGCCAAAACUCAUCCUAGGGUCUUAUCCUAUGCAAUUAUGGCUUUGUUCUGCCUAUGCUGGGUGUUGGAUAUUCUGCUAAUUAUGGCUUAUGAAAGGUCAGCCUGUGGCUUAGCCCCCUAUGACUUUCUAGCUAGGAAGGAGAUGCCUCUCUGUAAUUUUAAGAUAUAUCUGUAUGUUAUCAGCUAGAAGUUCUGCUGAUGAUCAACAUGCUUCAGUUGGCUA